GUCCGGUCCGACCGCACGGCUUAUCUGCGCGCGCAUGCGCGCUGCUCAAUGGCGAUCGCCAGUCGUGUGGAUCCGUUUGUGUGCGCGGUGCUGGUCCUACGCGGCUAUCUCGGCGGACAAUCGUCGAUCCGAGGAACCCGGUCCACCGGGAAACCGCGAGCGCGACGACCAGGGGUCGAGCUCGAUUCUCGUCGAAGGCGUUCAGCGCACAGCCGGCAAGACGAAGCUUAAAAUGCCACUGAGCACAAGUUCGAAGAAGUCAUUAUGCGUACUGCCUGAAGAUGUUCACGAGAGAAAAAGCAAUCAUGCUGCCCUCACACCAUUGGAAGAUAUGUCUGCAGGACGAGGGCAAGCAGGUGGAGGGCCUCCUCAGAAUUGUCAGAAGGUUUUUAUACAGCGUGACUACAGCGAAGGAACAAUGGUUAAGUUUCAAACACGAUUUCCAACAGAAUUGGAAAGUAGGCUGGAUAGACAAUUGUUCGAGUACACCAUCAAUCAGUUGAACAAUUAUUUCGCGGAAGCGGAGCGUGCGAGCUGUUCCACUUACUGCGAGAGCUGUCUAUACUGUCUCACGGGUUAUCUGAUAAGCAUAUGCACCGAGACGCACUAUGAAAAAUGUCUACGCAAAGUCGCCAAAUUUGUCAGCGAGCAGAAUGAUCGGGUGUACAAGCCGCGCGGCCUCCUACUGACAGAUCCAACGACCCGCGGACUUAGGCUAAUAGAGAUCUCGGUACUGGAUAGACCUGCGUCGUGACUGCAUAUUAGCCGAUCCAGGGAGUUCUUCAUGUGACCCCCGCGCAGCACUCUGGACAUUACCUCGUUAGAAUCACGGACAUGCACGCGCUCGUGAGUGCCUGUCGGCACGAUUACGAGGCAUAUCGGUUGGUUUGAGCCGGUUACGCAGUGUGCAGGAACCCUGCGCGAGGCUGAAGGGAAUCAGUUUUACAUCAACGAUGAUAUCUUGCAGGCCGUAGGUCGCUCAGGUGUAUCUUGUACGAUUAAUCUUGCCGAAUAUGCGCGAAUGAGCUGAAACUCUCUUGUUAUCGGGUCAAACUUAGUCGUACUUAGCCCUAAAAAGUAAAAUAUCGUAAAUAACGAUAAAAUACGUGCGUCGAAAUUCGCAGGAAACGGAGAUAUGUAUUACAGAGGCAAAUAAUUCGUCGGAGAUUUUGUUGUCGUAGAUUUACUUGUCAAUCUAAUUAUAAUAACAAGCUUACACAAAGUUGGCCUAAUUGCGACGAGAGAGUCUCACGUUCAUUGGCGUUCGUGGUGUCUCGAUCCUAAAGUGGCAGCUUCUCAAAGGCGAGAAAGAGCAUGCAUCGAAGCGCGUGGAUGUGUAACGAAACCGUGGCACUUCUAUAAGUUCAAUUUUCUAUAUGCGUACAGAACAUGUAACAUACGAAAGUAUAUAUGAAGUAUAUGUGGCGAAUCAAGGAUUGCGGAGAAGGAAAAUAAAAUCGUAAAUGUGAUUUAAAUAAUCGAAUUGUUUACCGCGAGCCACUACGUUGAUUCGUCAUGUAUACGAUGGGGUCUACAUAUUUUUUUACUGUUCAUUUAUGACUUUAUCGUAUCAUCUGCAUUUAAUUAAUGAGACGUGAAUGAAAAAUGCGUGUUUGCGUGAAUUAUUUAGCGAAAAGAUGGCAUUCGAUUUUAAUCGUCUAUGAUACGUGCGUUUUGUUCAGAGAGAUUCCACCGAAAAACCUAACCGAAAACUUUAAUGAAUUUCGUUCUCGAUGAACGCUCAAACGAAUGAGAUUCCGAAUUCUUCUAUCUUCCGCGAUAUAUCUUCCAUUGCGCUUAUGUGUCCGCGUGCAAAAACAAAAAAAAAACAAGUAAUUUCGCAUAUUUACGUAUAUACAUCGGUUGUGGUGUUUCGGCGCGAAAAAUGUCUCUCGACAACAAAAGAAAAUAGAAUUCGAUCGAAAUUACUAACACAAGCACUCGUUGCGCUAUAAAGAAACCCGAGGAUUGGCUUUAAAAAAAUGCAUAAACACAGUGAUACAAGAGAUAGAUUACGAAUUCAAAUCGAUUGGCAUUGUGAUCAAGGAUAAGCCGAAACCAUUUGCUAUGCUACAUGAAAAAUUUCUUACGUCACUUUAGUACGCUCUCUUAGUGAAAACUGGAACGCCCGUUGGCUAUCGUCGCCGAUCUCUGUUCGUGAGUCCUCGAGAUCUGCUCGCGAUACACUGGAUAUUUUCUCUACUCUGUUAAUUAGUUGUAAAUGAUGAUCUCAAACGAUACAACGACGCAACACCAUGUCUACAUUUACUUUUUCUUACUCGCACUUUGGGAGCCUAAAGUGUCGCAAUAAGUCAGGAACAACACACUUUUUUUGCAUAGCAUCACUUUGUCAGGUAUUGACAUAAAUCGCGAACGUGUUGAACCAAGUUUAGAUUACGAUUUUCGAUUUAUGAUAUAUACUUAUCGCGGUAUUUCGCAUACAAAUGGUGAACGAUCUCUUUCAUUCUUGAUCACAAUGCUGCGGAGCGCCUGUUCGACGUUGUAAUGCGACGUAUUGCUAAAAGAAUCUUGCCAAAUCAGCGUGUCACUGCCUCGGCGUACGAUAUCCUAGUGUGGACGAACGGAUAGAAAAAAAAAUCCUUGUACAAGCUAGAGAAAAUUGAAGAGAGAAAGAGAAAGAGAAAUGACUGAAGGAAAUCUGCCAAUUUUCUCAAACGAAAGAAAGAUGAUUUUUGAAACAGGAAGUGACAUUAGGGAAAGGAUUUUUUUUGUUAUCCAAUUCUUUUGCACGUCGCAAUAUCACGUACACGGUGCUCUGAUUACAUGCAACAUGCGCAUGUUUGUGCAUAUAAUGUAUAUAUAGCGGAUUAAUCGUCGACACACGAAGAGUAUAAAAGAAAAGGAAGCAAAUCGUUUGUUAUACUUAAUUUAAUUUAGUAGGACCAAUAUUGGAUUGAUGAUCCGUAAAUUGUAAAGGACACCAUCGUGUUACGAGUGUAAUUUCUAAAUGUUUUAAUAAUUAAACCGGCGUAAGAGCUCGUAUAUCUUG